AUGCUUCUGCACGAGCAAUGUCGGCCAGUGACAUUAGAUGCUGACAAGGAGCUUCUAUCCAAAGGUGCUUUUCUCGUUUCACGAGAAGGUGUGAGCCAUGAUGAGCUGUGGUGGUCAUUAGACUUUCUCUAUGACAAAUUCAAGGCACAUGGUGCUGAAAAAAGGACACUCUACAAGUGGGUGCAGUUCUUGAAGCAAAAAGCGGAAUUUACUGAGUUUUGCAAUGAAGAAUUCUUUUGCCAGACGAAGCAAGUCAGUCUCCCGCAGAAUGCUUUGCGUGAGAACGUGGCUACAACAGCAGCCAUUUUGGCAUUUUUAUUUUUCUCACUGAAGGAAUCCAGAACGCCCAAGACCGUGCAACUGAUCAAAGAUUGGAUUGCUCCGCUUUGUGGCCGAGUGUGCUCUACGUUGUCAUGUUCUGUGAGCAUUGACAUUGAAGAUAUGCCUGCAUUGGUGCUUUCUCCUGCGGGUUUGAUCAAAGGGAUCGAGAACACAUUGACAUCCAGACACCGAACUUGCUUCCUGGCAUGGCAGAAAGAAUGGCAGUCAAUGUGUGCCGCCGGCGUUUUGAAUGAUGAAUUGGUGGGCGAGGCAGAUUCUGCGGUAUCAUUGCAGGCCCUAGUGAACUUCAUGGCCCAGAAAAUUGAUCUGUAUGUGAAGAGUCAACACAUGCAACAGCAUGACACUGCCCGACCAGCUCCGGCCAGACGGAUCCGUAGCUCCGGGGACAAUGAUGUCCCGAUGGGCCAAGUCGUGCCAGCACCAUCGACAAAGGUCCGUAUGACGCCAGAUGCCAUCUAUGAAAUCUUUUCUCAGGCCCGAGACACAAGUGUUUCAAUGAAGGCGGCGUUGAUUUUCUUACAGGGGGAGAGGGUCUCAGCGAUGGCUGGAUGCAAACCCAAGGCAGUAGAUCCGUGGGUUAGGCGUGCCCAAACCAUCUACGACGACAGAGCUGCAAUGUCCUUCGCAGGUUGCAACCACUUGAACUUGAUUAGCGAUGGAAGUUGCCAUGCCGGCCGUGAAGUUUUGCUUUCCAUUGCAUAUAGCCAUCAGAGUGACUCAGCGUCAUUCUGCAACCUCCAAGCACUUCUUCCUCUUACGCAAGUGAGUCCAAAUGAGAUGGAACUCACGGGAAAAUUGGAACAGCUGGCCCAGGACAACAAACUGUUGCGGGUGGCUUCCUAUCGGCAACUUCAGGCCAUAAGCCAGCAGAUCAACUUUCUGACAAACGGCCGACUGGGCAAUUUGGAUGCUUUCAAAGUUCCUGACAACACCAGUGCCUCAUGGUUGUUUGCCAUCACCAAACUCGAGAGAAUGAUUCUUGCGAGGUGGGACAUCAUACAUCGCGCAAUUCGAGAUGUCAGGCUGAGCCUGUUGCAUGGGGCCAACGGGGAGUUUUUUCAGGCACAAUUUCAUUCGCAGUAUUUGUUUUCACUUGCCUACAGACCAUUUGGGUCGUCUGGUUUUUUUCAAGACAAGCGGCGGCUCCUGGAAUUGAUGUUGUCAAGAGAAACGUGUGAGUCUGUGCCUAUGUUUGUGGAUUCCUGGGAAAGCAUCCGAGAUGAGUUGCAGAUGCCAGCUUCAAGCACAAUGGCCGAUGUUUGGGCUGCGCUGCCUUUGCUUGAUGGUUUUAACUCAAAGCAGGUGUUUCCUAAGUUGUCACGUUGGUUCUCCUGGAACCAAGCAGCAGAUGAAAAGAUGUGUGAGUGGACGGCGCUGAAAGUUGUACUCAACUAUCACUUUGCUGGUGAAGACUUGGACCCUGAUGAAGCGUAUCAAAAACGACUGCUGGAACAUCUUGCAAAGGAAUCGAAUGCGGAAACAAACAUGAGACAUGAAUUUGGGAAGCUCAAAGAAAAAUUGGGAGGUGGGCUCAAGUUGUGUUAUCACAUCAUGAGCAACAAAUUGAAGCAAAUGGUGCAGAUCGUCAUGAUUUGCACGAGACCAGUCUGGUCGUGGUACUCCCACACAAUCAAGGAAGUGCACCAUGCCCAACAUCAGGUCCAGAAGCUGAUUGGCUUGCAGCACGGUUGGAUGUCUGAGGAACACUUGCAGAGGCUGGCGGGUCUCCCCACAUCCUUGGACGAGGAACUGCGCCAACUUCUUGGCAAGACUGAGUUCGAUGAUACAUGCUCCAAAGUGUCUGAGUUGAGUCAGCGUGUCUUGAAGAACCGGGUUUGGUCACUUUCAAGGGCGGCCGCUCCCCCGGAUUGCUAUGCUGGCUUGCUGUCAUCGGAUGAUGCUGCUCAAAAGGCUUGGUGGGCGGAGGUUGGGAAUCGUGGUGCUUCGGCAAAACAGCUAGCUGCUGACCAUUGCAACUUGCUUAAGCUGGAAGCAAUUGCUGCCCAGAGUGGAUCUACACCAAAGAUCCUGAGCGAUUUGAAUGUUGUUUGCACAGCUGCCAUUCGUGUACUCUGGUUGGCAUUUGAGGAGGACAAAUACCACCAUGGCAGCCAUGGCGGCUUGCAUCUCCUCCGUGGAAUGCUUCAAACACUUCCUGAUUCCAAAAUCGUGGAAGACUGCCACGGCAACCUGAGGAAAAAUGCUAAGAAGGGCUCGAACAAACGGCAAACCCUGCAGGCCUUGCAAGGGCUGGUGACAAGCUCAUCAGUACUGCAGACCAGGGACAUCAAACACAAAGCGUUUGUCACGAGAGAAGAGUUCUUGAGACGCUUCCCCAGAACCAAAGAUCGCAAACGGAAGAGGCGCUACAUGGCUCGCUUCCACAAGCUUCCGAAGGCAUGGUCGGAGUUAAUGUCCAGGAAGAACUGGGCAACCAUCAGCGAAGACACUUUGCAUCAAGGGGCAGCUGCCUUGGCUUUCUUGCGUCGGUACAUGGAGGACAACAUGGGCAAUAGAGGUGUUCGUAUAUCGCAUGGAUGUCUCAGCAAGUUUGCAAUAGAACGCACCAUUAUGUGCCAUGCUGAAUAUGUUGGCUGCCUUUUGCCUUGGCCAUGGAGUUUUGGAGUGCAUUGUUGUGGCCGCUGA